CAUUUUGCUAGAGAAUGCCGCGGAGGCUCAGAGAGUUGCGCACACUUGCCCUGAGUCACAUAGCGAAUGCCCUCCGCGGUUCCAACGCACAGAGAGCGAGCCGAUCGGCAGCCUGAGCGAGGCAGUGGUUAGGGGGGGCCCCGGCCCCGGCCACUCCCCUCACCCCCUCCCCGCGGAGCGCCGCCCAAGACAGGCUGGGCCCCAGGCCCCGCCCCGAGGUCCUGCCCACACACCCCUGACACACCGGCGUCGCCAGCCAAUGGCCGGGGUCCUAUAAACGCUACGGUCCGCGCGCUCUCUGGCAAGAGGCAAGAGGUAGUAACAGCGAGCGUGCCGGUCGCUAGUCGCGGGUCCCCGAGUGAGCGCGCCAGGGAGCAGGAGACCAAGCGACGGGAGUCGGAGUCGCAGUCGGAGUCCCCGGACCGGAGCACGAGCCUGAGCGGGAGAGCGCCGCUCGCACGCCCGUCGCCACCCGCGUACCCGGCGCAGCCAGAGCCACCAGCGCAGCGCUGCCAUGGAGCCCAGCAGCAAGAAACUGACGGGUCGCCUCAUGCUGGCCGUGGGAGGAGCAGUGCUUGGCUCCCUGCAGUUUGGCUACAACACUGGAGUCAUCAAUGCCCCCCAGAAGGUGAUCGAGGAGUUCUACAACCAGACAUGGGUCCACCGCUACGGGGAGCGCAUCCUGCCCACCACGCUCACCACGCUCUGGUCCCUCUCGGUGGCCAUCUUUUCCGUUGGGGGCAUGAUUGGCUCCUUCUCUGUGGGCCUUUUCGUUAACCGCUUUGGCCGGCGGAAUUCCAUGCUGAUGAUGAACCUGCUGGCCUUCGUGUCCGCCGUGCUCAUGGGCUUCUCGAAACUGGGCAAGUCCUUUGAGAUGCUGAUCCUGGGCCGCUUCAUCAUCGGUGUGUACUGCGGCCUGACCACAGGCUUCGUGCCCAUGUAUGUCGGUGAAGUGUCACCCACAGCCCUUCGUGGGGCCCUGGGCACCCUGCAUCAGCUGGGCAUCGUCGUUGGCAUCCUCAUCGCCCAGGUGUUCGGCCUGGACUCCAUCAUGGGCAACGAGGACCUGUGGCCCCUGCUGCUGAGCAUCAUAUUCGUCCCGGCCCUGCUGCAGUGCAUCCUGCUGCCCUUCUGCCCCGAGAGUCCCCGCUUCCUGCUCAUCAACCGCAACGAGGAGAACCGGGCCAAGAGUGUGCUGAAGAAGCUGCGCGGGACGGCUGACGUGACCCAUGACCUGCAGGAGAUGAAGGAAGAGAGUCGGCAGAUGAUGCGGGAGAAGAAGGUCACCAUCCUGGAGCUGUUCCGCUCCCCCGCCUACCGCCAGCCCAUCCUGAUCGCUGUGGUGCUGCAGCUGUCCCAGCAGCUGUCCGGCAUCAACGCUGUCUUCUAUUACUCCACGAGCAUCUUCGAGAAGGCGGGGGUGCAGCAGCCUGUGUAUGCCACCAUUGGCUCCGGCAUCGUCAACACGGCCUUCACUGUCGUGUCGCUGUUUGUGGUGGAGCGAGCAGGCCGGCGGACCCUGCACCUCAUAGGCCUGGCUGGCAUGGCGGGUUGUGCCAUACUCAUGACCAUCGCGCUGGCACUGCUGGAGCAGCUACCCUGGAUGUCCUAUCUGAGCAUCGUGGCCAUCUUUGGCUUUGUGGCCUUCUUUGAAGUGGGUCCUGGCCCCAUCCCAUGGUUCAUCGUGGCUGAACUCUUCAGCCAGGGUCCACGUCCAGCUGCCAUUGCCGUUGCAGGCUUCUCUAACUGGACCUCAAAUUUCAUUGUGGGCAUGUGCUUCCAGUAUGUGGAGCAACUGUGUGGUCCCUACGUCUUCAUCAUCUUCACUGUGCUCCUGGUUCUGUUCUUCAUCUUCACCUACUUCAAAGUUCCUGAGACUAAAGGCCGGACCUUCGAUGAGAUCGCUUCCGGCUUCCGGCAGGGGGGAGCCAGCCAAAGUGACAAGACACCCGAGGAGCUGUUCCAUCCCCUGGGGGCUGAUUCCCAAGUGUGAGGCGCCCCAGACCACCAGCCCGGCCUGUUCCCAGCAGCCCUAAGGAUCUCUCAGGAGCACAGGCAGCUGGAUGAGACUUCCAAACUUGACAGAUGUCAGCCGAGCCGGGCCUGGGGCUCCUUUCUCUAGCCAGCAAUGAUGUCCAGAAGAAUAUUCAGGACUUAACGGCUCCAGGAUUUUAACAAAAGCAAGACUGUUGCUCAAAUCUAUUCAGACAAGCAACAGGUUUUAUAAUUUUUUUAUUACUGAUUUUGUUAUUUUUAUAUCAGCCUGAGUCUCCUGUACCCACAUCCCAGGCUUCACCCUGAAUGGCUCCAUGCCUGAGGGUGGAGACUAAGCCCUGUCCAGACACUUGCCUUCUUCACCAAGCUAAUCUGUAGGGCUGGACCUAUGUCCUAAGGACACACUAAUCGAACUAUGAACUACAAAGCUUCUAUCCCAGGAGGUGGCUAUGGCCACCCCUUCUGCUGGCCUGGAUCUCCUCACUCUAGGGGUCAGGCUCCAUUAGGAUUUGCCCAUUCCCAUCUCUUCCUACCCAACCACUGAAAUUAAUCUUUCCUUACCUGAGACCAGUUGGGAGCACUGGAGUGCAGGGAGGAGAGGGGAAGGGCCAGUCUGGGCUGCCGGGUUCUAGUCUCCUUUGCACUGAGGGCCACACUAUCACCAUGAGAAGAGGGCCUGUGGGAGCCUGCAAACUCACUGCUCAAGAAGACACGGAGACUCCUGCCCUGUUGUGUAUAGAUGCAAGAUAUUUAUAUAUAUUUUUGGUUGUCAAUAUUAAAUACAGACACUAAGUUAUAGUAUAUCUGGACAAGCCAACUUGUAAAUACACCACCUCACUCCUGUUACUUACCUAAACAGAUAUAAAUGGCUGGUUUUUAGAAACAUG